AUUAUUGUAUAUUGUAUAUGCCCUUCCUUGGUUUGUCCUUAACUCCCUACUAUAGUACAAAAAGGCUGUCCUCCCUCCAUACAACAAACAAAGAAUGCACUUUCACCUUCACUGAAGGUUAAUGGUGCAAGAAUGCAAAUAUAUCAGAUACCACAGCAAAGGUCUAGACUAAAGCUAUGGACAGAAAUCAGCAAAAGCAUGGCACCCCAGUAGUGAUGGUGUAAGUGUUUUAAUUGUAGGAUAUGCUUUCUUGGUAUGAGAGCUUCCAGCCUAUCCUCUCUCUCUCUCUGUCUCCUGUGCACAUUCAAAAGUCUGUGGACAACCAAACAUGCACUUGCAGUUUCAAUGAAGGGUAAUUGUUGGUGCAAGAACACACGCAAACCGGAUUUCUCACUAUAGUCAUGUAAAUGACAAUGUGGUGCUAAUGUUGAUGAGAAUGCCAAUGGGGGGAGUGGGAGCCCACAUCAUGUACAUUUCCAUUGUUUCCACAUUACCACGCAUGUGGAAGGAAGAUAUUCUAGCACUGCAGCGAGGCAUAUCGCUCAUUCGUACGCCACAUACUUCUCUGGUUUGUGCGUUCCAACCUUCCUGCGGAAUCCUACCAUGUCUGAACUUCCCGUUUUAGAAAUUAAGACUGAUAUUCUCGUUAUCGGUUCGGGACCCGUUGGGUCCACGUUCGCACGCGUGCUGGUCGAGAAUGGUCGCAAUGUGCUCAUGGUGGAGGCCGGUCCGUACACGUCCAGACGACCGGGAUGGCACCUCAAGAAUUCCUACGUCUACCAGCGAGAUUUCAACUCGUUCACCGGUCUCAUCUCUUCGCACCUCCACGACUCGUCCGUUGCGACGUCCAACAAGCCGACAAUCACUCUCGAUCCGUCCUCAUUUCACGUUGACUUGACCGACAACAAGUACAAGGGUUUCGUUCGGAACAGUCAAAACCCUAAGCAAAACCCAUUCUUGAACAUUGAUGGCGAGGCUGAGGCGUUUUGUGUCGGAGGCAUGGCUGUUCAUUGGACUUGUGCCAUUCCACAAGCGUGCAUAGAUAUUGAGAGAUCUAGUCUGCUGGCUGAUAGAGAAUGGGAAGAACUCUACAAAGUAGCUGAAGACUACCUUUGCUGUCACACUGAUGUAUUUGAUGAUUCGAUUCGUCACACAGUGGUAAAGAAGGCCAUUGGCUCGUGCUUUCCUGAUCGAGGUGUAAGGAGCCUGCCACUAGCAGUCACAGCUAACAAAUAUAAUAAAGCACUAGUCACAUGGUCAGGGACCGAUGUCAUCUUGGGUGACAACCUCAUUGACAUGAUUGACAAUCCAGAAAAGGAACAGUUCCAGCUGCUGCCUGAGCAUCUCUGCUAUGAGCUCGUUGUCAGUGAAAAUGGUACGAAAAUUGUCAAAGCUCGUUGCACCGACCUGACCAGAAACCAAAAAGUAGUCAUCUGCGCCAACCAUUAUGUCGUUUGCUGUGGUGCUGUUAGAACACCUCAAUUACUAUACACAUCACGCAUUCGUCCAAAAGCGCUUGGUCGUUACCUCUGUGAGCAGCCAAAGUCAUUUUGCCAAAUUGUCCUGAGUGAGGAGAUAAUCAUGGGUAUAAGAGGUGGAAGCCUUCCAGCCCUGAAUGAUGAAAUGAAGAAAAAGGUUCGCUACUACAUUGACGAAAACCCAGAAGAUCCUGUUCCCAUUCCAAGUGAUGACAAAGCUCCACAGGUGAACAUCCCGUUCUCUAAGAAAAACCCUUACCACUGCCAGAUUCAUCGAGAUGCCUUCAAGUAUGGUGCUGUUCCUCCCAAUGUCGAUGAUCGUCUCAUUGUUGAUCUGCGUUGGUUCGGCUACAUGGAGCCUAAUGUUAACAACAGACUUGAGUUCGAGACAGACAUCAAGGACAGGUUUGGCAUGCCACAGCCGACAUUCUACUUCCAACUUAGUCCGGAAGACUCCAAACGUGCUCAUGCCAUGAUCGAUGACAUGACCAGAGCAGCUGUCGCUCUGGGUGGCUUCUUACCAGGUUCAGAGCCACAGUUCAUGCCCAUUGGAAGCAGCCUUCAUCUGACAGGAAGUGUUCGUAUGGGAUCAAAGGCCGAUGACACAUCAGUGUGUGACACAUAUUCAAAAGUCUGGGGGCUAGAGAACUUGUGGCUUGGAAGCAACGGCGUCAUUCCUACAGGCACCGCUUCGAAUGUCACUCUGACUUCUGUGGCACUGGCGAUCAGGUCGGCUCGUCGUAUUCUUGGACUGCCUGACCUCAGCCAUGCGUCCUAGCUGCUACACCAAGUGACAUGUAGCCAACACUGGUGUGUGUGUGUGUGUGUGUGUGUGUGUGUGUGUGUGUGUGU